AUGGGUACAGCAAUGGGGAGUUCCAUGGCACCAUCAUAUGCAUCUCUCUUCAUGGGAAAACUUGAACAGGAUUUCCUUCACUCAAGGGGAGUUAAGCCAUCUCUGUGGUUACGGUUCCUAGAUGACAUUUUUAUGAUUUGGAACCACUCGUUAGAAGAGUUAGAGUCCUUUAUCGACGAUCUUAACAAAUUUCAUCCAAAUAUCAAAUUUACUACUACAAUAUCAGAAAGUACUGUUUCGUUCUUAGAUGUACAAGUAUCCAAAAACAAAUCGCUAGGAAUUGACACUGAUAUUUACGUGAAAGAAACAAAUACCCAUCAAUACCUAGAUUACACCUCUUGUCAUCCGAAACAAUGCAAAGAUGGAAUCCCAUACAGUCAGGCAAAGCGGUACAGGAGAAUUAUUUCUAAUGACGGAAAAUUCAACUCAUCUCUUAAUGAUUUACGGAGCUACUUCAAAGAUAGAAAUUUUCCGGAUUCUGUGAUAGACAGUGCAUUCAAUAAGGUGUCGAGGUCGUCACAAAACGAAGCCCUGACGCCUUCAGAUAAAAAUAAAACAAGUGUUAUUCCUUUCACCGUAGAAUAUAAUCCAUCAUUACCAAAUAUAGGUGGAACAAUUCACAAGUAUUGGGAUCUUCUGAACAUUGCAAAGAAUACAAAUGUUAAAUUUGUUCAUGACGAAUACAAACCUAUAGUGGCGUACAGACGUACAAGAAAUUUAAGCGACUACUUAGUAAGUUCCGACUUCAAACUGAACACUGAAACAUACAUCACGCAGAAAUGUAACAGGAAACGAUGUUCCCACUGUCUACGAAUCAACUCUGGAUCCUCAUUUAGCAGUACAGUUACAGGAGAAAACAUUUUCUUUACGAUAUGA